UACCUGGCCCCCUGUUUUUCUUCCCACCACUAGGCAAUACCGGACGCUCCACAACUCGCAGAGGUCUCCUAGCAACCUUCGCUAGGAAUUCUUUCUGGGCCCGACUAGAGAACUGGAGUCGAGGCCCCGAGAUUGAUGAAUUUGCCUUGGGAGUCGGUGAGAAGGUGAAACCAAAGGUGAACAUGGGUCAGAAGGUCACCGGAGGGAUUAAGACCGUGGACAUGAGGGACCCCACGUGUCGGCCCCUGAAGCAGGAGCUGCAGGGUCUGGACUACUGCAAGCCCACCCGGCUGGACCUGCUGCUGGACAUGCCCCCCGUGUCCUACGACGUGCAGCUGCUGCACUCUUGGAACAACAACGACCGCUCGCUCAACGUCUUCGUGAAGGAGGAUGACAAGCUCAUCUUUCACCGGCAUCCGGUGGCCCAGAGCACAGACGCUAUCAGGGGCAAAGUUGGGUACACGCGCGGGCUGCACGUGUGGCAGAUCACGUGGGCCAUGAGGCAGCGGGGCACGCAUGCCGUGGUGGGGGUGGCGACGGCGGACGCCCCGCUGCACUCCGUCGGGUACACUACCCUCGUGGGGAAUAACCAUGAGUCUUGGGGCUGGGACUUGGGGCGCAACCGGCUCUACCACGAUGGCAAGAACCAGCCAAGCAAAACUUACCCAGCCUUUCUGGAGCCAGAUGAGACAUUCAUCGUCCCCGACUCCUUCCUUGUGGCCCUGGACAUGGAUGAUGGGACCCUGAGCUUCAUUGUGGAUGGACAGUACAUGGGAGUGGCUUUUCGGGGACUCAAGGGCAAAAAACUGUAUCCUGUAGUGAGCGCCGUCUGGGGCCACUGUGAGAUCCGCAUGCGCUACUUGAACGGACUCGAUCCCGAGCCCCUGCCGCUCAUGGAUCUCUGUCGCCGCUCGGUGCGCCUGGCCCUGGGGAAGCAGCGCCUGGGUGAGAUCCACACGCUGCCUCUGCCCGCCUCCCUCAAGGCCUACCUCCUCUACCAGUGACGCUCUGCCUGGGGAC